ACACUUUACUACAUACUAUGUUUGGUAUGUUCACUAAUUGUCUCUCUCUUAUGUGUAGACAGUGUGAGUGUGAGGUUGGUGAAUGGCAGUAAUCCCUGUGCUGGUCGAGUGGAGGUUUAUAAUGGUGAAGGAUGGGGUUCAGUGUGUGACGCUGUCUUUGACCAGCAGGAUGCAGAGGUUGUGUGUAGAGAGCUGAACUGUGGGGCUCCUGUACAGGUGCUGGGAGCAGCUGCUUUUGGGAAAGGAAAAGGCCGUGUUUGGUCAGAGGAGAUUCAGUGCAGAGGAAGUGAAUCUCAGAUACACAUCUGUUCACGAUCAUCACAGAAGCAAAGUUGUUCCCAUGACAAUGAUGUGGGAGUGAUCUGUUCUGGUUACACUGAUCUCAGGCUGGUAAACAGUUCAGACUCUUGUUCUGGAAGAGUGGAGCUUCAGUUCCUCAAUGAGUGGGGCACAGUGUGUGAUGCAUGCUGGGAUAUGAGAGCUGCCAGUGUCCUCUGUAGACAGCUGAAUUGUGGGAUUGCUGUGUCUGUUGUGGGAUCAGACUGGUUUGGAGAGGGAAGUGGUGAAAUCUGGGCUGAUGUGUUUGAUUGUGAUGGGAAUGAAACAAAACUCUCAGAAUGUUCCAUCUCUUCAUGGAGUCGAGCUGAAUGUUCUCACAGACGAGAUGUUGGAGUCAUCUGCUCUGGUGAGCACAUUCACACCACACUGAAGUCAUGGACAAUAAAGCUCAUCUUGGGAACUGCAGCUCUCUACAAACUCUCAACUGCAGCUCCACACAACAGUUAUCGCGGGUCCAUCAGGCUGGUGGGUUCUGGGGGAGACUGUGCAGGGAGGCUGGAGGUUUUUCACAGUGGCUCAUGGGGGACAGUGUGUGAUGACUCCUGGGAUAUUAAAGAUGCCCAUGUGGUGUGCAGACAGCUGCAGUGUGGAGUGGCCCUCAGUAACCAGCAGGUACCAGCCUGGUUUGGUCCUGGUUCUGGACCCAUAUGGCUGGAUGAGGUGGAGUGUGAGGGGAAUGAGACGUCCUUGUGGAGCUGCUCUUCUCCAGGCUGGGGAAAACAUGACUGUCAACACAAGGAGGAUGUAGGAGUCGUGUGCUCAGAAUUUAAAGAGAUCAGGUUAACUGAAGGCUGUGAAGGGAAUGUGGAGGUUUUCUACAAUGGAUCCUGGGGUAAUGUGUGCUGGAACCAGAUGAACAGAGACACAGCGAGUCUGAUCUGUCAAGAGCUGAACUGUGGAAGAUCUGGUGUUUUGUCUGAUUCUACAUCAAGACUGAAAUCAGCUCCUAACUGGCUGGAUAAAGUUACAUGUCGACCACAUGAUUCUACUUUAUGGCAGUGUCCAUCUUUACCCUGGGGUCAAAACUACUGUGAUGAAGAUGAAGUGGCCAAAAUUACUUGCUCAGCGGAGGAGAGUGAAAAGUCUCCUCGGAGUCGUCUGACAUGUUCAGCAUCUCCUCACCACAGAAAGUGUUCAAGUAAGUUUCCUGAUAAUACAUUAUUUAAUGUUUCUUUGUGCAAGCCUGGAGUCUCAUCUCUGAAGAACUGCAUUCUGGGUAUGAAGAUGCUGAUGAGCUUCUCUCAGACUGUAUAUUAUGAUGAUGUCACCAACGGCAGUGGCCUAAAAGAAGAGAUGGUGAAGGAAAUCACACCGGGAUACUAUGAUGAUGUCAUCACUGUUGGACUGAAACCAGAUCACGUCAAGCUUACUGGAAACACCAGUUGUUCUGGGAGUACCCACCCAAGUACCCACCCUCAAACCUUUGUCUUUGAUGCCGGUCCCAUCAAGGUUUAUAGAGGCUCCGCUCCCUUCCAGAGAGCUUCCUUCUCCAAUGUCCCUGUUGGAUUUCCUGGACCCAUCUCCUCCGCUGGUUUCAGCCAGUCCACUGUAUUCAUCGCCCCCUCUGGGGUCUUCCAGCUUCUUGGCUCUGUCUCCGCCGCCAGCUCCGUGUGGCUUGUCGGCCUCGCCUCAGGCUUCCCUCCACCAGCUCCAUAUUGUGUCGAGUCCCCAGCUGCACUUCGGCCCUCCAGGCCCAUGUCUCCACCUUGGCCUGUCAACCCACUAACCCCCCUCCGAGUCUGCAUUCCCUCGUCUCCACCAAGGCCUGUCUUCCCUAGGACUCCUUUGGGCUCCCUCGUACAUCCGGACAAAACUCAGUCGGUCAUAGCUCAGGUUCCACCAUGGACUUCUAGGUUUCCGGCUGUGCCUCGACCCUCCACCCCUUCUGUUUCACCAGGCUCCUCCCUUCCUCUGGUUUCCCUGUCAUCCUCGCUCGCUCCAUCAUCGUCCCAGUCAGCCAAAGUCCCUGCUCUGCCUGGUAAUGCAAACCAGCUGCUCCACCUUGGGCUUCCAGGCCUGGUCCAUUAG